AGACUCUCCAUUCAAAAGUCAUACAUACUAAAGAAAACCCGGCUCUAAGCCCAGCCUUUGUAAAUCACUAAAAAAAAACCCAUUCUUGGGAAUCAACAUCAUGGCUCCCACCCAGAGCAAGCUCGCCAGCUACGAACUUCCCCUUCGCAUAUUGACUCUUCUCACAUCCCUCCUCGCAUUACCCCUUCUCAUCGCUACCACAGUCGUAUCAAUCCACAACUACUCCUGGUACCGCUACCGCCCCGUAACAGCCUUUUGCUUCGGGUUCAUCCCGCUCGCUCUCACCGCUUUCGCAUCAACCAGGAGCCUCGUACACCAAAGGAGAUUUGGACGCAUGCCCCAAGCAAGCUUCAAGGCUGUCGAUGGCGUGGCAUGCAUCGCGUACUUGAGUAUCCUAACUGCCAUUUGGGCUGUUGAAAUCGGGUACCUGGAGAGGCCAGGAUUUGGGCUUUUGGCUGGAUAUACGACUGCACCUAUGAUUUUGAACAUGUUCGUACAUGGUUACCUCUUCGCUUGCAAUGUGCGAUCAAUGGUCGCGCUUUUUGCGGCUCCACAAGUACAUGAGUGUCCCAACUGCCAUAGUAGCUUCACCACGCGCGCACCGCAGGUCCAGGAGACAAAGCAGAGUGGAGAGUAUAGUUUGUUGCGUGGAGAAGACUACCUUGAUGUGGAUCCUGAUGCAGAGCACUACACUGAUGGUAGCUCCGGCCCUGCAGAUGCGCAGAUACUACGGCCUGAAAACGAGUCCAAGGGCGAGUUCAAGGGCGAGCUCAAGGUUGAGUUCAAGGGCGAAAGCAAGAAGGCAAUUAUCGAUGUCUAAGCUUUCGGCUUUGGUCGGAGUAUCAGAUGGUUUGUGCUUAAUGGGGGUUACUAUUGCGGCUUUUCAAGACAAAUUUUCGCGAUGAUGCAGGUAGUAGGUAAGAAAUGUCGUGAUGGAGUUAGUGGUGAGAGUGAUGCUGGAUGAGUUGCUUGCCAGAUAUACAGCCAGCCUUGCAAAACUGAUAGGCAGUCUGAAAUGUGACGCGGAUGAAGAGGGAAGAUGGAACUGUAUCGUGCGUUACAUUUGACAUGUACAAUAGAGAUAUCAUAUAUACAUCCUCAUCCCCACAACCCACCGGAACUCCCAUACCCACUGUAUCUUCUAUAAAUAAUGCCGUAAAUUACAUACAUGCCAUCACGCUUAGUAGACAGCCUUGCAGCCUUUGAUUGCGGG